AUGAGUGAUUACAACAACAUCAAGUCGGUCGCGAUUAUCGGUGCCGGAGCCGCUGGGGCCAUCACGGCGGCAGCUUUCAAAGCCGAAGACUACUAUGACCGCAUACGUGUGUUUGAGAGAAGGGAAACGCCUGGUGGAACCUGGAUAUACGACCCCAAUCCAUCGAUCCCUCCGAUUCAGCCGGGAGGCCUGCCCGCAGACAUAGAUAAGCCUCUGGACAUCCCAACGAAUCUUCCAACGACAGCACCUCCAAGCCAGCAAGAGAGAUAUUCCCACACGCCGAUUUACGAUAAUCUCACGACCAAUGUCCCCGAUAUCGCCAUGUCAUUUUCUGACCUUCGAUUCUCCUAUGGGCCAUUUGUUCCACAUUACGUCCCUCGCCAGUACAUCGAGAAUUAUUUCUCGCUCCACAAGACUGACGAGUUCCUUUCACUCAACACCACGGUGGAGGAUGUAUCUCAGCUACCGCUUUCGCCAGGUGCAAGCUUCAAGAGGUGGAGGCUGACUCUCCGAAAGUAUGAGCCCUUGAGAGGGGUCGACGUUUGGUGGGAAGAGGAAUUUGACGCCGUCAUUAUUGCCAAUGGCCAUUAUUCAAUUCCCUGGGUGCCGGUUGUUGAUGGCCUCGAAGCAUACAUGGAAAAGUUCCCUGGCCGUGUCGUGCACUCCAAGUUCUACCGUUCGCCGCACCUCUACACCAACAAAAAAGUCCUCAUCAUCGGAAAUUCGACCUCGGGACACGAUGUUACAGUUGAUCUGCUACAAGCCGUCCAUCUCCCCGUCUAUCAGUCGAGAAGAUCAAAAUCGAGAUGGGACGGUGAUGAAGCUCCUCCUGGAGUUGAAUGGAAGCCAAUCAUCAAAGAGUAUCGUCUAGACGGUACAAUUGUGUUUGAAGACGACACUACCUUGAGCGAUAUUGACCAAAUCAUUUACUGCACCGGCUAUAGACCCUCCUAUCCUUGGUGGAAUAGCAAGGUCAACGGUCGCCCGCUGUUUGACUACAAAGCAAACAAACUGAUCAAGACAUACUGGCACACGUUCUUCCAAGACUUCUCGAAUCUUGCACUGGUGGGACUCCCACGGGUUCUAACGUUUAGAAGUUUCGAGUACCAAGCAGUCGCCCUAGCAAGACUCUACUCUGGUAGAAAUGCCAUCCCACUACCUCCGCUAGAGGAGCAACAAAAGUGGGAAAGGGAGAGAGAAGAGAAGGUCAAAGUUGAGAGACGCAAAUUUCACGAGAUCAGGUGGGAGAGGGGGGAGACCCAGGAAUGGCUGAAUGGGUUCUUCCAGAUUGCAGGCAUUGGAAGAUUUACGGGUGAAGGCAGAAUACCCCCGGCCUUGACAAAGGAGCUCGUCUGGGCUAUUGAGCAUCUUAAGAAGUAUCCAGAGCCAGGAAAGGGUAGAGAGAAGAAGGAGACCGAGGCUGGGGAUCUGGGCGCUGACGAGUGGGUGUUGGUUGAGGAGCCGGUCAAAGACCUGCUUGCGUUCAUAUGA